UUUGUAUGCACAAUUAUUAAUUGAUUUAUUAAACAAACAAACAAUCGCGGCAUUAGUCUUAUUCGUUAGAAUCGUAUUUGGACACUGUAAAACCAAUGUGAUUAUUGGUUAGAGUACUUGAUUAUAUUUCAGUGCAAACUCCUCAUAAUAUGCAUAAGAAUUGUAACUCACGCUUGCCUACGCUUGUCACUUGCCAAACAGAACAGUGCUCAGUGAUUGUAAUUUUACGCGAAAGUAAACUCUAUAAUUUGAUAUAAAGAAUUUAUUUCUAUGAUUACGUUGACGAUGACGAAUAUUUUUUACCUCAUGCUUGAAAUAUUUUUAUAAAAAUGCAUGCGAUGACGUAAUCUCAUUACCACAAUAUAAAAUGGCAACAUUUUGGUCAGGAAGACCUGGUUGGUUAGGAAAAGUAGGAAUAGCAUUGUUAGCUACGUGGCUUUUGGUACUAAUAAUAUCAGUAUCACAUAUCUAUAAAGCUAAUAAUUUAUCAUCCAAUAAUGAAAGUCCUACAAACAAAGAGAAUGCUCAACGUUUAGCCCAAAUGGUUAAUGAUUUUGAAAUCUUGAAGAGACAAAAUGAAGCAUUAAAAAAUAUAGUUUUAGGAGAAAGAUCAAAAUCUAUUCAAGGAGAUCAUUUAGGUUCGAUACAAGAAAAACUUGAAAAAGUUUCUCUAUAUGAUGAUAUAUUGGAUCAUCAAGAUAAUAUUAAGUAUGGGGUCCCUUCUUCUGAAUAUGAAGAAUUAAGAAGAAGGAUAAGAAAUAAUAUUCAAGAGACAUGGUAUUAUAUUAAUGCAGAGUUAAGUAAACUUAGAAAAACUAUUGAUAAACUUAGUUAUGAACAGAGGGAAAAAAAAAUACAGGAUACAUUAAAAAAUGUUUGGGAUCAUAAAAGAUCUCUCAUAAUAGACAUUGAUAGAUUAAUAAAAGCAGAUGGUUAUGAUGAAUGGCGUAAAAAAGAAGCAAAAGAAUUGUCUGAUCUUGUACAAAGAAGAUUCAGGUAUUUACAGAAUCCUAAUGAUUGCAACAAAGCAAGAAAGUUGAUUUGUAGUUUGAAUAAAGGUUGCGGAUUUGGAUGUCAAAUUCAUCAUAUUACAUAUUGUUUCUUAGUUGCUUAUGGUACAGAACGAACAUUGAUAAUUAGAUCUAAAGGUUGGAGAUAUCACAAAGAUGGUUGGGAAUCAGUCUUUAAACCUCUUAGUGAGACCUGUGUAUCUCCAAUUGGAGCAUCACAUGCUAAUUGGCCUGGUGACUCUUCUAAACAAGUCAUCUCAUUGCCAAUUGUAGAUAAUGUUUAUCCAAAACCAAGGUUUCAACCCCCAAGUGUACCAGCUGACUUAGCUGCAAGAUUAGAAAAACUUCAUGGACAUCCUUUAGUCUGGUGGGUAGGACAAGUUUUAAAGUAUUUAAUGCGACCUCAAGAACAUGUGAAAAAAACAUUAAAUGAUGCCAAGGAAAGGCUAGGUUUCAAGAAACCUAUUGUUGGAAUUCAUGUACGGAGAACAGAUAAAGUUGGUACUGAAGCUGCUUAUCACGAUAUAGAUGAAUAUAUGGUUAAAGUUGAACAAUAUUUUGACGAACUUGAACCAAAACCAGAAGUGAGAAGAGUUUUUCUAGCGAGUGACGAUCCGAAAGUGAUCACAACGGCAAGAAAUCGUUAUUCGAAUUACGAGAUAAUAGGAGAUCCGGAAAUAGCAGAGACAGCUUCAGUUGCAAAGCGAUAUUCUGAUUCUUCCUUACAAGGAAUAAUUAUCGACAUACAUCUCCUAUCUGAAUGUGAUUAUUUGGUGUGCACAUUCAGUUCUCAAGUGUGCCGUGUAGCAUAUGAAUUAAUGCAAACUUAUUAUCCAGACGCUUACAAUCGUUUUGCGUCAUUAGAUGAUAUUUACUAUUAUGGAGGUCAAAAUCCACAUCCUCAUCAGGCUAUUCUAGAUCACAAGCCAAGAAAGGAAGGUGAAAUUGAAUUAAAAGUUGGAGAUUUAAUUGAAGUUUUUGGAAAUCAUUGGGAUGGUUAUUCUAAAGGAUACAAUACUAGAACUAGUAUGACAGGAUUAUUUCCCAGUUUUAAAGUUAAAAAUCCAGUAGAUGCUGUAGACUUCCCGAAGUAUCCACACGUCCCUUUACAAGAAAACAGGAACGAGUAAAUGUACUUUGAAUGUGUAGUGAUCUUGAGAACAUUCAGAUUGCUUAAAACAAAAAAUAACUUGCCUUCAUAUUUCAAUUGUUAGAAACAGUAAAAAACUUCAUAAACACAUGUAUAUUUUAUUACAAGCAAAUGAUGAAUUUAAUUCUCACAAACUAAAAUUAUCUCAUAUUAUGAGACAAAAAGUGAGUUCUAUUGACUAUACAUAUAUAUAUAUAUAUUGAAUUUUAAGAAGACCGUAUAUAAAUAUUCAUAAACAAAUAUUACAGAAAAUUUUGAAUACGUUUACGAUCUUCUUAAAAAUUAAACUAAAGAUAUAAACAUAGAGAGAAUAAAAAUGCAUAGAACACGCGCGCGCGAUGAAUUAAAAAUUUUUAUAUAUUUUGAUUGAAAUUAAAAAUUUUAAUCGUUAUUUUAAUAAGAGAUUUUAUUAGAAUGACUGUACUGAUGUACUACAUUGCGACUCUUUAGCAAACUGAAUAUAUGUUUCUUAUCUAAUACAUUUAAAUCAUAUAAAAUAGAUUUAACUGAUAUGCAACAAAAAUAAAAGUUAUUUGUGCCAAUGCACUUGAUUCUCAAAGUAUUAUUUACAAUGGCAAGCCAAUGUUUAGACAAAACCUAUGUAAUAUGUCAAUUUUUAUAAAUUGUAAGUAGAAUUUUUAUAUUAUUAGUUAAUCUUGCAUCUCUAUUAAUAAAGGCUUGCAUUAUGAUUCAUUGUCGUAACGUACAACUUGUAUAUAAAAUAUGCAAUAUAAAUUACAUAAAUUACACAAUAAUUUUUUAAUAAUACUAGAGCUUACACAAAACGCAUAACAAACAUUGUAUAAAUUACAUAAUAUAUGAUAAGCCUGAAAUGCAUAGACAUCGAGCUGGGCUUGAGGCCUAUCUUAUAUAAUUAAGGACCUUUGCUGUAUACAUAUUGUAAUAUAUUUUAUACCAUAUACCAAACCUAAAUGAGAAUUGUUAUUAUAUUAUGAAAUCUGAGUUUGAUUUUUAAUAAAUAUUUAAUUCAUGAA